AUGACUGCCAGAAGACUUACCAACACCUCCACCUCUCUAGACCAGGUUGUCUCCUCUUCUAGUCCCCCGAAAUCCGCUCCCUCCGAGUUCAAGCGGUCGAGCUCCUCUUCCAAAGAAGCAACCAAGUCUUUACCUGUCGCAAAUCACAAAACCGAGAAGUCCGCCAUGACAACUCCGGGAGUCACAUUCGCUUCCCAAGAGAAGCUGCCCAAGCUUCCGAUCCCGGACCUGGACAAGUCUUGUGACAAGUACCUCGCGUCCCUGAGGCCUUUACAAUCCGCCAGAGAACACGCCGAGACCGAAGCCGCUGUGCAUGAGUUCCUGAGAGCUGAGGGCCCUGAGCUUCAAGAGAAGCUCAAGAAGUAUGCCACUGGCAGGUCCAGCUAUAUCGAACAGUUCUGUACGUUUGUAACUGCUUAUCGUCCAGGUUUCAUUUGCUGA